GGCCGCUUGUCUGGCGCAGUAGUCGGGCUCGGCUCCGUCGCUCGCUUGCUGUCGCCGCCGCCGCCGCCUGGGCAGCCUCUGCUUCCCGCCGUCCGACCGAGGGAGCGAUGGGCCCGGCGCUGCUGCUCGCGCUGCUCUCGGGCCUCGGAGCCGCCAAGCCUUUCUCCACUGCGGGAAGCUCUCAUGGAGGUCAACCCCACAGUUUAUCUGUGGGUCCCCGACGGGUUCGACGUGAGCUUCAGGGAGCGCCCUAUGAGGCGGUGGAGACUGCAUUGGCCAAUGAAGCGUACUACCCCGAAUUGGUUCGGCUGGCAGCGCUGGAGAGAGCCAUGUCGCCCCCCGGUGGACAGCUGCGGGAUGAGCACCUUGCCCAAGCCUUAGAGAGAGCAUUGGCGUCUUCUGGCAACCAACUACAAGAUGAACGCUUGGCCCAAGCGUUAGAAAGGGCUGUGGCACCGCCCUCCGGUAGCCAGUUCCAACCAGAUGAGCGCAUGGCCCUUGCUUUGCAGCGUCUGCUUCAGGACGGACAUCGCCGGGAACAGGAGUCUGUCUAUCUGGCCAACCUGUUGAGGCUUUGGGAUGAGGCCAAGGGAGCUGCUUUGUACCCCGACUACGAUGAGACCAGCCUCGCAGGUGGUGGCUCCUCUCCACCGAGAGCAUCCCUCAGUCGCUACGGGGCCCCGGAAGGGGGGUUUGAACCCCAAGAAGAGCUGGGCGGGGAAGAAGAGCCUGUCGGAGAGGUGGACCCCGAAAUGCUAAGGUACCUGAUUGGCAAGAUCCUGUCCGGUGCCAACCUGCCCCCUCAGCGCCUCCCAGCGUCCCCCCGGCGUUUGCGGCGGGCUCUCUUGGACGGAGGGGACCUCCCCGACCCACCCAGCCUCCUGAGGGUCAAGCGGCUGGGUGUGGAGGCCGGAGGGGGGCAGCCCCCCCAACUGCAGCGAGUCAAGCGGACGGACGGGGUCGGGAGGAAGAAGGGGGCGACGGGGGGAGCUCAGAGGCUUCGCUAUCUCCCCGAAUAGUGGGGAUUGGCCUCUGUCUAAACCGGGGG